GUUUUUUUUUUUUUUUUUUAUUGUUGGAUCAUGGUUCUGAUUUAUUUUGAUUCAGCUUCUAUUUUUACGAGUUUCGUGGAUCUUAGAUUUUGAUGUGGUUCGAUUUAUGGGGAAAAAGGAGUGAUUUUUUUUGGAAUCAUAGGAGUUGCUUGGAAAUGGAUUAACGGUUUUUUGGAAUCUGGGGACUGAUUUCGGAUCUGAUUUUAGAUGGAAGUGGUGGAAGGAAAGGUGGCCAGACCUAGAGGUAGACCGAGGAAACGCCCGAGACCAGAGGAUCAAAAUGGAGUGUCGUCUAAUCGAGGGAAGAGGCCGGUUCUGGAGACUUUGAAAGUGACAGUGCCUAGAUCUCUUCUUGGUCGUUAUGUGUUGAAAGAUUUUGAUGACUGUCGAGUUUCUCUUGGGAAGAUAGUUUCGUAUAAUACUGGCUUGUACAGAGUUGAAUAUGAGGAUGGUGAGUUUGAGGAUCUGGAAACUUGUUCUCUUCGUCAGUUAAUUAUUGGGGAUAAUUACUUUGAUGAUGAAUUACGUGUUAGAAGAAGUAAAUUAGAUGACUUUAUUCUGAAAAAGGAUGAAAAGAAGAAAAAAGAUGACAUGGAGAAGAAGGGAGUUGAGCUGAAAAAUCGAGUAAGUGAAGUUGAGGUGCCCACAUCCACUAGCCCAAGUUCUGUGGCAGAAGUUGAAAGUGGUUAUUCAUCUUGUGGUUUACCUGGCUGUGAAGAUAGCAGAGAUCCAGAUAUAGAAACUAUGUCGCCUCUUGUCCCAGUUCCACCAGUGGAUUUGCCUUCUUCAUCAGGAACGAUUUGUAUCCCUGAGGAGGCUGUGGUGCAUCUUUUAUCUGUAUACGGUUUCUUAAGAUCAUUCAGUGUUCAGUUAUAUAUCCUCCCAUUUGGAUUGGAUGAUUUUGUGGGAGCAUUGAAUUUCGGAGGACCCAAUUCGUUGCUGGAUGCCAUUCAUGUUGCCUUAAUGCGGGCACUGAAGGGUCAUCUUGAGAGACUCUCCUCGGAAGGGUCUGAAGUGGCUUCAAAGUGCCUGAGGUGCAUUGAUUGGAGCUUGCUCGAUGCGCUAACAUGGCCUGUUUAUUUGGUUCACUACUUCGCUGCCAUGGGACAUGCAAGUGGGCCUCUCUGGAGAGUUUUUAAUGAAUACGUUGUUGAAAAAGAUUAUUAUUCCUCACCUGUAGUGAUGAAGUUGAAGAUCCUGCAAAUUCUGUGUGAUGACGUCUUUGAUGUAGCAGAUGUAAGAUCUGAAAUUGAUUCUCGAGAAGAAUCUGAAGUUGGACUUGAUCCUGAUGGCGUUACUGCUGACCUUCCUGAAAAUGGACCUAGAAGGGUCCAUCCCAGAUUUGCUAAAACCUCAGCUUGCAAGGAGAAAGAGCUUAGUGAAUAUGUUGCAAUGAACCAUGUGAUAAGCUCAAUGAGCGAGUCAAAAACUUUGAGCUCAAGAUAUACUGAUGGUGGUCAUGGAGAUAGCUCAGAUCUGGAUGGGAACAGUGAUGAAUGUAGGCUCUGCGGCAUGGAUGGGACGUUGCUUUGCUGUGAUGGAUGCCCUUUAGCAUAUCACUCGAGAUGCAUUGGUGUGGUCAAAAUGUACAUACCAGAUGGGCCGUGGUAUUGUCCAGAAUGCACUAUCAACAAAAUGGGGCCAACUAUUGCUCAUAAAACGUCACUCAGGGGAGCAGUGUAUUUUGGAGUGGAUCCACAUGGGCGACUCUUCUUGGGUACAUGCAAUCACUUACUGGUGCUUAAAAUUUCUGUUCAGGCGGAUUUAGAUAUCAAAUACUACAAUGCCACCGACAUUCCAAAAGUUGUCCUGGUACUUUUGUCUGCAACGAACCAUAGAAUGGAAUAUCUGUAUAUAUGCAAAGCGAUCUCACAAUACUGGGAUCUGCCUGGAGGUUUGAUCUCUUAUCUGAAGGAAGUGGAGAUUGAUUUAGCACACAUGCCAAAAGAAGUGUGCGACGAGGCGUCAGACGCAAUUAGACCUGAUAGUGCAAGUAGUUCCAUUGGAAAUAAUAUUCAGAAUGUGGUUGGCCUCCACGCAUCUGCUUCUGGCAGUCCUGUAUUAGGAAGAUCAAGUGGAGUGCAAGAGAAGAAUUUGGUUGCUGGUAUUACACAGAAGGGUUUAUCAUUUAAACCUAAUACUUACAUUAAUCAUUACACAAAUGGAGAAUUGGCUGCAUCAGCUGCUGCUACUUUGGCUGUCCUUUCGUCAGAGGAAACCCAUGAACCUGAUCUACAAAAAUUUAGUAAUGCCAAGAAAGCUGCAGCAAGUAACAUCUUGCUACAGGUGAAAGCAUUUUCGUUAGUAGCCUUAAGUUUCUUCUGGCCAAGUCCUAAGUUAGUGGAAGCUUCAACAUGCAAAGCGAUGAAAGCCCUCUUGCUUGAACUUGAGGAAGACAUUUGCAGUAUUGCUCUGUCAAGUGACUGGCUCAAACUAGUGGAUGACUGGUUAAUAGAACAUUCUUUUUUUCAAAGCGCUCCAUUUACUGUUGCGGACACACAGAAACGUAGACCUGGUAAGAGGCAGAGGAACCAAGCUGAAAUUACAGCCCAAGGUUCUGAUGAUGAUAGCUUUACUUGGUGGCGAGGGGGGAAGUUAUCAGAAGUUAUACUCCUGAAGGCAGUCUUGUUGAAGCCUCAGAGAAGGAAAGCAGCUUGGCAAGGUGGUAUUAAAAAGUUUCCUGAAUUUAGUUAUGGUGAUGGUUCUUACAUUCCUAAGAGAAGCAGGCGGUCUGUUUGGAAAGCAGCAGUUGAAAGUAGCAAAAACAUAUCUCAGCUUGCUCUUCAGGUUAGAUACCUGGAUAUGAAUAUAAGAUGGAGUGAACUUGUACGCCCAGAGCAAAACGUGCAAGAUGUUAAAGGUCCAGAGACAGAUGCCACUGUUUUUAGGAACGCUAGUAUUUGUGACAAGAAGAUUAUAGAUAACAAGGUUAGAUAUGGAGUUGUCUUUGGGAAUCAAAAGCAUCUGCCAUCCCGUGUCAUGAAGAAGAUCACUGAAGUCGAGAAAACUGAAGAUGGAAAGGAAAAGUAUUGGUUUCAUGAAGCUCGCGUUCCCUUAUAUUUGAUCAAAGAAUAUGAAGAAAGUCUGCCUAGGGUACACAUACCUUUCAUCAAGAAGCCAUCACGAAAAAUAUCAAAGCUCCAGAAAAUGCAACUUAAAGCUUCUCGAGCGAACAUAUUUUCUUACCUAGCCUCUCGGAGGGACAACACAGAGAAGUGUUCUUGUGCAUCAUGCCAUCUCGAUGUUUUUGUGAGGGAUGCAACAACAUGCAGUACUUGCCAAGGUUUCUGUCAUAAGGAAUGUACUAUGAGUACACAACAUACAGUUGGGAAAGAUGAACUUUUGGUAACCUGCAAACGGUGCUACCUUGCAAGAGCCCGUUCACUAAUCAAUAUCAAUCACAGACAACAUCCAACAACAGCCGCUGUCCUGAUCGACAGACCAUUUCAAAAUGCAGUCACUCCAGUCACCAAGACACAGAUUAAGCCUCCUAAUCAACAGUUACCAUCUUCCAACAUACGCAGCACCACUUCAGGAGUUAAACAAAUCACUCCUGAUUCCAAUUUGGCACCUAAAACUAAACACAAAACAUUGUCUUGGGGGAUCAUAUGGAGGAAAAAGAACGUGGAAGACACAGGUGUUAGCUUCAGACAUCAACAUGUUCUGUUGGCUGCACGCUCUGAUCAGCCGAAUCCGGAACCAGUUUGUUGUCUCUGCAAACUGCCGUAUAAUCCUGGUCUAACAUAUAUUCACUGUACAAAUUGUGACAAGUGGUACCACAUUGAAGCUAUUAAGCUCGAGGAAUCGAAAAUUCCUGAAGUUGUUGGGUUCAAGUGUUGCAAAUGCCGUCGUAUACGAUCACCAGAUUGCCCUUACAUGGAUCCCAUACUGAAGGAACAGAGGCAGAUGAAACCAGUAGUCUUCAGAAGGCAAAAACAUGGGAAAGGAAGUAUCGGAAUGGAUUCUACUUCUGAAAGAAUGUCUGAACAAGAAGACUCCAUGCCCUCUACUCCCUCAUUCCCCUUUGAAGAUACGUUUGUUCCAGAUGAUGAUCCUCUCUUAAUGUCAGUUUCAAAAAUCGAACAAAUUACACCUAUCAAUUUGGAUGUCAAAUGGAACGGGGAUGGUUCUGUGCCGGGACCCCAGAAGCUACAAGUUAGGAGACAAGUGAAACGUGAAGACACAGACGGGAACAAUAAUCUGUCUUAUACCGAGUUUUCAAUGCAACCCGAAUCAAUGCCUAUUGUGAAACCAGAAAUGGAAACAUUGCCUGUCACGGAAUGGGAUGCAUCUGGCCACAGUGACAUGGUUGAAGGCGAGCUAAUGUUUGACUACGAAGACAUGGAAUUCGAACCCCAAACAUAUUUCUCGCUUACCGAGUUACUCACAACAGAGGAUAGUGGACACUGCGAUGGAUAUGGAGAUGACAAGGGUGCUUCAGGAAACACGGAUAACCCAAACCCCCAGGUUGAGACAACAGUGGAACAGUGUAGAGCAUUUCUCUGUGACAAUACAAUUCCAUGCCAGAUAUGUAUGCAUGUGGAUCCUGGACCUGAUCUCACAUGCAAGACUUGUACUAUGACUAUUCAUUCCCACUGUUCUCCAUGGGAGGAGGAAUCUACUUGCACGGGAGGUAGCUGGAGAUGCGGUCGUUGCCGUGAGUGGCUGUAGCUCGCAUUCUUUUUUGUUUUUUUUUCAUUCUUUUUUGUUCUGGUAGUGACGUAAUGCCAAUAUUUUUUUGGGUACUAGAAUUCUUGUAAUUUUGAGACGAAAUGAUUUUAGGAUGUGCCCAAUUCUAUUCUGUA